GAGAGUUCUCGAAAAAUGGAUUUAUAUUAUCUGCAUUUAUUUUUCAUACUUAUAAUACUGUUCACCUUUAAAUACAGUCAAAAAAUAACUACAGCUAUCGUCGAACAAAGACAAACGCGAUUUUUUCCGUUUUUCAACGUAAUUCGAUUUUCAAAUUCUGCUUGCACAAGUAAAAACUACAACGGUACUUGUUACUCAAAAAAAGAGUGUACUAACUACGGAGGUGCGGAUUAUGGUAGUUGCGCUAAUGGAUUCGGAACUUGUUGUGUAUUUGAGAAAACUUGUGGAACUUCAACUAUAGCAAAUACUACUUAUUUCACGAGUCCUUCUUAUCCAAAAGCUUAUGUAGGGGGAAGUAGGUGUUUUAUUCAGGUUCAGAAGUACAACACCGACAUAUGUCAGUUACGCUUAGAUUUCAUUGAUUUCACACUUGCUCAACCAUCAUUUGAUGGAAUAUGUAAUGUCGAUUCGUUUUUAAUUACUGGUGGAUCUUCUCAUGUGCCUCAACUUUGUGGAGAAAAUACAGAUCAACAUGUUUAUAUUGAUUUUGAUGGUUCAACACCAAUUACCAUAUCUAUUGACACUAAGUUGAACUACACAAUCAAAAGACGCUGGAAUAUAAAAAUACAACAAAUUUUUUGUUUUUCAGAACUUCAUGCACCAAGAGGCUGUCUUCAGCAUCAUACUUCUGUAUCCGGUAGUGUAAUUAGUUUCAAUUACGGUUCUUUCAAUAGUUUGAAUUUAAAUGGAACUCGAGAAAUAGCUCAACUCAAUUAUGGAAUUUGCAUUACAAAACUAUCUGGUUAUUGCAUUCUAAAAUGGUCUGCCACAGACUUUGGAAUAGCUAGCUACUCAUCAACAAAUGAUACAGUUUCUUCAUGUAGAAAUAAUUUUAUAAUGAUUCCAAACUCAAAAGAGAUUGAUACAAACCCUAAUCAUGUGCUCUCUAUACCAACAGAUCGAUUUUGCGGAGAGAAUUUUGUACCUAGAAUUACAAAUCUGUCACCAUUUGUUCUCUAUGUUGUUACGGAUUCUACAGCCAUUAAAUCCAGUAAUAAUCAGAGCAGAGGCUUUAUCAUGAAUUUUGAACAGAAAAUGUGUUUGGAUGCUUAUUCUUAAAUAUUGUAUGAAAUAGAGUGUUACUUAUUCAGUAAAUACUUUCAAAAAUUGACUAUUUUUAUUAACAUAUUAUCAAUAUACAC